AUGGUGUAUCCCACAGUUUUUGUUGCAGUAUAUAUAGAUGAUGUGAUCUUGACUAGGACUGACUUUAGUGAAAUUCAGUGUUUAAAGGCAUUUCUACAUGAUCAAUUCAAGAUAAAGGAUCUGGGGAAACUUCAUUAUUUCUUAGGUCUAGAUAUACUCUACCAAGAUGAUGGAGUAUUGAUAACACAAAGAAAGUUCACUAAUGAUCUAAUCAAGGAGUUUGACUGCUGUAGUUACAGACCUAUAACAUUACCUCUUGAUCCUACUAUGAAUUUGAGGCCUAAUGAGGGCAAGUUACUGCAUGAUCCAACCUUUUAUAGAAGACUUGUAGGAAAGCUGAACUUCCUUACUCACACAAGAUUGGAUAUAGCUUACAGUGUUAAUCCUACUUUGGGCAUUUUUAUAUCCAAGAAUCCAGACUGUAUUAUCUCUGCCUUUAGUGAUUUAGACUGGGCUGCUUGCCCAGACUCUAGGAAGUCAGUGAGUGGAUAUAUUGUGAUGAUGGGAAAUAGUCCAAUUAGUUGGAAGUCAAAGAAGCAAACUACCAUCUCAUUGUCCUCAGCAGAAGCAGAGUACAAGGCAAUUAGAAAAGUAGUUGGAGAAUUGGUGUGGUUGGAGAGACUGUUGACAGAACUAACUAUUGUUUGUGCCUUGCCCAUUUCAGUGUUUUGCGACAGUUAA